GGCGAUUGAUCAGCCAUUUGCCCGUCAUUUCACCAUCUUCCGCAGCGGGGAAUCACCUAGUAUGCCCAGCAAUCCAGCUUGGCCUAGAAUAAAGCCAAAGCGGAGGAACAUCAGAAUACUGAGGACAUUCAAGCUCGUGGGCACGAACACUCCCGAGAAAGUGCCGAGCUUCUUCGUUUCCUCAAACGAACGAGGCCGAUGGCCAAGUUUGUCUUUCCUAUCUGCACUAUUGUCUCGAAAGGGACCAGCUGAAGGAGGCACCCUUGCCUCCUCACUGUCCUCAUGUCCUUCGCCAUGGCCAGUCUUCUUGUUAUACCACUCGAAUAUCCCGUGGAACGGGUUCGCUGGUACCGAAUGGCGAUGGUGCUCCGUCGGCUCUGUAGAGGUCACCCCCUGGUGACGAGACCACAGAGUUGGCGGCCAGUGUAACAGCCCCGCCCGUUCUGCAGGAGCGGCAUUCUCGGACUCGUUCGGGUCAAGACGUGCGACGUCUUCUUCGGGGGUUCGAGUCGAAAAAUUUGGGCGUCGUCGAGACAUUGCGGGAUCUCCGUUGACCGUUGGCACCGGUGGAACAUGUGGAAGAGAACCACACCACCGGCCCUCGAUAACUAUAUCGCAGAAUUAUAUCGCAGCAAAUUGCAAAAGGACGUAUCGCAAUGAACAAUCAUGAGCUCAACUCGAAGAGGAAAAAAAGAAUUGCCAGUCUAUCGACACGCCAGAGGCAGAUGCACCACCUGCGUCACCUCGCGUUCUCCAAUUGUAUCAAUCGAAUCCCAGCGAAAAAGCGGAGAUGACGUGGGGAACGGAGAACAAACAGGGCAAACCACAGCCCAGAGAAGGCAAAGCGGACACGCACCUGAGCCACUGCCUGCGACGCACUUGGCGCACUUGGCGCUCUUAACGUCGAUCAGGCGCUUUCCUCUCUCUUUCGUCCGUUUCAGCCACGUCCUGCCACCCCCCCCGAUUAAAGCUGCACGGAGCUGCAACCCUUGCUAUAUGCCCAUAGGAAAUCGUCCCAGAUCUUCUAUCCCAUGCUCUUGCCCCUGACACCUCCCUAAACGCGGAAUACCCACCGGAACCACGCCAACGAUGGCAGACAACGGUGAGGGCUCGUCACUGAUCCCGCCCCGAUCGGUGCCAAUUUCGACCUCGUCCAUACGAUCCACGUCACCCGCCCCGGAUAGCAGACAGGCCUCGAUGGCUCGUCUGGCCUCGCCAGUACCUGCUGCAUCUUUUGGGACAUCCCCAUCGUCGCGAAAAGGCAUCCCUACUAGCCGACCCAUCAACACUACCGCUGCCUCCAAUGUCGAGCAGAACUUCCGUGCUGUUGACAAUAUGGCCUCUCUGCCAGGCCCCGGCCAGUCCAUGAUCGCAUCUCAGCUACAAGAAAGUCUCGGUCGGUCGCCUCCGAGAUUUGGUACUCCUUCACGAAUGGCGGGGUCCCCUUCGAUCCCCCCGACGCUCGACAGCCGACCCAUGGCCUCCCAGUACGGCUCGUUCGACACCAACAAUAACUACGGCCCCGACAAUAAUGGUGCAGGCGCGAAUGAGGAUCCAGAAGUCGUGAGGAGACAUUUGGUUCUCCCACAAAAUGUCUCGGAGAGUCGAGAUACUGGCUCGGAGCUUGGAACUAGCCAUGGCGACGACGAGUUCUCCAGUCUGCAGCUGCAGGGCGGUGAUAUCACCCGUCAGGUCUACCGGUGGGCGGAGGAUGCGGAUGCCGCACGAUUCGCUCGCAGCAAGAGUUUCAGCAUCAGUCGACCCGCCCCCGAGGCCGAGACCGAAGAUAUCCACACAAUCCAGGUGCCAGGUGGGUUCCGGAGAGAUUUUCUGCGGAGAACUGCGGGGAGCCCACACCGUGGGAGUGUGCAUGGGUCAAACGCCGGCGCUGCAUCCACGCAACCCCAACUUCCAACCACGAGCUUCUUGGAGUUCUUGACGCUGUAUGGUCACUUUGCCGGAGAGGAGUUGGAAGAAGAUGAUGAGGUUUUGGGACCCGAUGAGUACUUUUCAUCCGACACCUGGGAUGAGCCCGAUGAAGCCCGGGAGUCUGGUGAGGAUGCGGCGCUGCUUCGAGGAGACGGUGCUGGUCGGAGAAAGCGUAAGCACAAGCAGCGUGCGCCUCCCGGAAAUACGAGCACCACUGGUGCUGUUAUGCUGCUGCUCAAAUCUUUUGUGGGAACGGGAAUUCUAUUCCUGCCCCGCGCCUUCUUGAACGGCGGAAUGCUCUUCAGCAGCAUGGUUCUUCUGGGUGUCUCGAUUCUGAGUUACUACGCCUUCAUCCUGCUGGUCAACACCCGCAUGCGCAUUGAAGGCUCCUUUGGUGAUAUUGGUGGGAUCUUGUAUGGAAAACACAUGAGACGCAUCAUUCUGGGCUCGAUUGUUCUGAGCCAAUUGGGUUUCGUGUCUGCCUAUAUUGUGUUCGUGUCACAGAACCUCCAGGCGUUCGUACUCGCCGUGAGCAAGUGUAAGAGCUUCAUCGACAUCAAGUACCUGGUGCUGCUGCAGCUGGUCUUCUUCCUACCUCUCUCCUUGAUUCGUGAUAUCGGCAAGCUUGGCUUUACUGCGCUCAUUGCGGACGCCUUCAUCCUCCUGGGGCUGCUGUAUAUCUACUAUUACGAUGCUCGCACUUUGAUUGGCAAUGGUGGUAUCUCAGACAUCAAGGCCUUCAACCCGUCGACUUGGUCGAUGUUCAUCGGCACGGCCAUCUUUACCUACGAGGGUGUCGGUCUGAUCAUCCCUAUCCAGGAGUCGAUGAAGCAGCCACGUCGCUUCCCCGGUGUCCUAGCUGGUGUCAUGGUCAUCAUCACUCUGAUCUUCCUGUCCGCGGGUGCUCUGAGCUAUGCCGCCUACGGAUCCGCCACCAAGACCGUCAUUCUCCUCAACCUUCCCCAGGACGACAAGUUUGUCAACGUGGUCCAGCUACUUUACUCGCUCGCUAUUCUGCUCAGCACACCACUCCAACUCUUCCCCGCCAUCCGUAUCUUGGAGAACGAGUUGUUCACUCGCAGCGGCAAGUACAACCCUUAUAUCAAGUGGAAGAAGAACACAUUCCGAUUCUUCUUGGUGUUCGUUUGUGCCUUUGUCGCGUGGGGUGGCGCCGCCGAUCUCGACAAAUUUGUCGCUCUGGUCGGCAGCUUCGCCUGUGUCCCGCUAAUCUACGUUUACCCGCCCCUCCUACAUCUCCGCGCAUGCGCCCAAUCAAGACGCCAGGCUAUCGCCGAUAUUACUCUCGCCACUCUUGGAGUCAUCUGUUGCAUUUACACCACUGCUUUAACUCUCCAGAACUGGGUUGGCGCAGAUGUCCCCCAAAGCCCUGGAUACUGCGAUUCGCAAUAAUCAGCCUCGCGGAGAACUUCCGAUUGACAUGACCGCUCAUCAUCUUCCUUUCUUGUCUAAGCCGUUACGGUUUUAGAUUGUGGCAUAGCAUCUGUGUUUUUGCCUUUCAUCUCUUUCUUGUACGCAUGGUUUGGUAGAGCAGUACAAGUCUUGAUUUUUGAUGUGUCUUUUUGAUAAGUUGCCUGGCUUUUUGGCGGGUUUCCUUUCGUUUUUCCUUUUUUUUGGGUCCGGCAUUGGCCCAUGUUGUAUACAUAGGUUUAAGAUUUGGUUCUGGAUUCUCGUUGGGUUGAACACAACAUUUCUGGGAUAGCUUUGUGUUCUUAAGACAUGACAAACUAGGCGUCAUUGGUAUAGCCCUGGAUCUGCCUUCUGUAACAUUCCCUGACUAGAUAUCAAAAGAGGUUUUUUGAUCAUGAGUCGAAAGAUAGCACGAGAGACAAUCUUGCAGAUACUAGGGGGACGUUUCGAAGGAGCUCUAGAAAAAUCCUCAAAGAUAGCGGUGGUCAAAGCGUAUCUAGCUACACUUUGUCUCUAGUCACUGAUGUCAGCCAGUAGGUAACCGGAUCCCAUCUUGGCGUCAAUCAUAGAAAGGGGACUUGGUUUCCAACUCUGGUCAAAGAACAAACAGUUCGAUUUCAUGUAGAGUCUAUGUACAGUAACUGGAAUGGGCUCGCCAGGAAAUUAUGUCCUCCCGGACUCACUCUAGCCCAAAACAUCCCCCGUCUCCCCCCUCGCACCGUCAUUCCCCCCAUUUCAUGCAAAUUUUACAUACCUCUAUAUCAUCCUUCUCUUUCCCAAUGGAUCGUCAAGACCAAUCCCCGAGCCACAAAAUAUAUGAAUGUGAUAGGCAUAUAGAGGUGCAAUGCUGCGAAACGAGGUACAAAAGAUACGAGCUUUCAAUGUUCAAUGGAGAUCCCAAUUCCGGGGGACUUUUUAUGCCUGCGCGGCCGCGGCACCCUGCUUAGCCUUCUCGGCCAGCUGGGCUUCCCGACCACCCCAGCUAUAUUUUCGAAGAAG